AUGAGCCGCGACCGUCAUCUGUUCGUGCACGGCUUUCGGGCCAUCGAGGAGUUCAUCUCGGAAGCGUCGCCUGGCAGCGUGCUGAUGCUGGCGCGGGCCGGCGCUCGCCAUCGGAAGCUGGCGGAGUUGGCGGCCGCGUCGGGAGUCCCCGUACGGCACGUUCCGGAGGGUGAGCUGAAUCGUCAUGCCGACGCGUCGCGUCAUCGCGGCGCGUUGCUGCGCAUGCGCGACCGACGGCGGCGAACGGGCGAUCGGCAGUUGGACGAGAUCAUCGCGCGAACCGAUCACACCGCGCUGGCACUGGCGGUGGACGGGGUCACCGAUACGGCAAAUCUCGGAGCGAUCCUGCGCUCCGCCGAAGGCUUCGGUGUCGAUCUGGUAAUCCUGCAGGCGGAUCGGGCGGCGGCCGUCACACCGGCGGCGAUGCGGGCCGCCGCCGGUGCGACGGCCUACCUGACGAUCGUGACGGUUACCAAUCUGGCGCGCGCCCUCACACGAUUUCAGCAACACGGGUUCUGGGUGGUGGGUGCCGAUCUCGACGGACAACCUCUGAACGGGUACCGGUUCGCCGAACGUGUCGUGGUGGUCGUAGGGUCGGAAGGGUCGGGAAUCCGUCCGGGCGUUCGCGUCCGCUGCGAUGCCCUGGUCACCGUCGAAACCGUGGGCAGUGUCGGCUCGCUCAACGUGUCCGUGGCAACCGGUAUCGUCCUCUACCGUGCGGCAUGUUCGCGCGAUGCGGCUCGUUCGCAACGGGCCCUGACAGACACCGGCGUGUAG